AUGGAACCCAACCCAGAUUCAGCAGCCUUGGCACAGCAAGUCCAGGCCCUUGCAGCCACCAUUGAAGAACUCACCAAACAGAACCAGGAAAUGAAGCUAUGGCUCCAGCAGGUUCAACAGGCUCAACAGGAAGAAAACCGGUCCAAGGGUAACGUGGAGGAAGAAGGGGAUAGUCAACGGAGAGGAACCCCUCAGAGGCACACUACUCCGGACGAACAGAACUCGGACCUCCUUCGAGAAAUAAGGAAGGAAAUGGACGAGCUGAGGAGCGCCAUUAAGGAGAAGACGGACCGAAGUGUGGACAAAAUGGUAAGGGCUACGGAUUCACCCUUCACCACUGCGGUACUCGAAUGCCCUGUGCCGUCAAAAUUUCGCUUACCUCAGCUUGAACCAUUCGACGGACUAAAAGACCCUCAGGAUCACCUUAAUACCUUCAAGACGACUUUGGGACUUCAACAACCACCUGAUGAGAUACUGUGCCGUUCCUUCCCGACAACUCUCAAAGGAGCAGCAAGGGAAUGGUUUACUAAGUUGCCACACUCAUCCAUAGACAACUUUGAUCAGUUGAGUAGUGCCUUCUUGCGCCACUUUAUAGGGGGGCAACGCCCAAGGAGGCCAGUAGACUACUUACUCACCAUAAGACAAGGAGAAAAGGAGACUCUGAGGUCAUAUGUCAAGCGAUUCACCCGGGAAACUCUGGAGGUAGAUGAAGUUGAUGACAAGGUGCAGCUGACGACCUUCAAAGCAGGGUUGAGAUCUAGAGACCUCGUGGCCUCUCUGGCAAAGAACCCCCCAAAGACGAUGGCGGAGAUGCUCCUGAAGGCACAAAAGUACAUGAAUGCGGAAGAUGCCCUAGCUGCCAUUAAAGAUACCGGGAGGCCAGGAGACAAGGCCAAGAAAGAAGAUGACCGUAGAGGGUAG